CUCCACUUUAACCGGUGACGGCCCCUUUAAGGGUUAUGUCGAGAGACUGGCUGAUGUAGGACCACACCUCCGUGUGCGCUAUGCUCUCUCGCGCUGCCAUCCCAUCCUCAUCAUGGCCUCCAAAAAUCCGCCGCUGCGUCCGAGAAUGAGCACGAGAAGACUAGCCGUUGGCCCUUUCCUUCCCCGCGCGGAAAUGAACAACGUCAAGCCGAAACAGAGGCACCGGUAGAGGUGUGCGCGCCGGGGGAUAAAGCCUCCGAGCUCAUGCCACCCCGGUCUCCUCGAUGUCUUCGUCAAAAGCCACGUACAGCCAUUUGACAAAGAGGGGUGCGAACCCCGGCCGCGGCGGCGACAGAAACAUGAACAGGGAUUUUUCUGUCAAUCUAUCAGUUCAGCAAGUGCUGAGCCUCUGGGUACAAGGCACGACGCUGCAACAUUUCACAGAGAUGUGGUACUGGGUGUUCCUGUGGUGUCUCUUCUCCUCUCUCUUGGUCCACGGGGCGAUGGGCCUGCUCAUGUUGGUCAUGUUGCAGCGCCACAAGAGGGGUCGCCUCAUCACCUUGGUCCUGGUCAGUCUGGGUUUCCUGACCUCCCUGGUUGGAGGGGUCAUCACCAGUGCGGCGGUGGCGGGGGUGUACAGGGUGGCAGGGAAGGACAUGGCCCCCCUCCAGGCCUUGGUGUUUGGAGUGGGCCAGACCACCCUCUCUGUCCUCAUCUCCUUCUCACGCAUACUGGCCACCCUCUGAAGAGAUGACCCUUCCACACAGAUGGACAGAGACUCACUGACGGAUGGAUAGAUAGACACACACACACACACACACACACAGGAGAGGAGGGAGCGACUGGGCACGUGUGGGAGACCAUGGUUCACAUCCUACCAGUUACACUCGCCAGCGACAGAUAACAACACAGCCAAUGUGUGAACUGUGGUGUCAGUUAACUUCAUGUUGUAUUUGGAGGAAAACAAACACAGUAAAUUAGCUGAAGACUGUGGUGUCCCAGCAGUUCCAGACAUUUAGGGAGGGAUGCCCGAAGAGAUAGUACCCCCCCCAGUGGCUGUGUUCUGCCACUGCUGCCCUCACUAGAUCCCCCUCUGCUGCAGAACGACAUGGGACGUCAAUGCAGGUCUCAGUUCUCUGUGUUCAGGAAGCACUUCAAAAGGCUCCCCACCAGGUGGCGAUGUCCCCAGCCUCUGUCAAGUGUCGAGUCAGUGAAACCACAUCCUGGACCGAAGGCAAUGUCUUUGGGUAUUUUCAGAAUUGUCAGUUCUAUGUGCCAAUGGCCUCUGGGACUUACCUCCAGUGUUGUCAAGAGAGGUGCUUUCAUGGCCAUCUCCACAGACUCUCCUUGAAGGUUUUCUGAUGCACUUGUAGUGGGAAAACCACCCACAUUUGUUUUUUACAGUAAAGAAAAACGACAACAACCUGUAUUUAAUUGUACACUUAAUAACCUAUGGUCCUUGGAAGUGCCAGGGUAUGCUGAUGAGGGCCAUGGCCAGAACAGAGAUGGACCUUUUGGAGACCGAUCGUCAUUCUGACAUGAGAGGAUGUCAGAGAGGAUGCCAGACAGGAUGUCAACCGAACUACCUUUCAGUGUUAAAAACACAACAACCACAAAACAACUGGUUCUUCUGACUGUGGACAUCUUUAUGACUAUUCCUUCUUGUAAAGAUCUUCGACUACCGCAGCAGUGUUUCUGUUGACAACAUACUCCUACAUGUUUCUUUUUUAGGGGAAAGAAAGAACAUGACAAAUGGCUUUAGCCUUUAUACUUUCUAAAUGUUUCCGAUCCCCCUUGUUUACCUAAAAAAGGUGUCUGAAUAGGGAAAGUUGUUCAGGUGCCGUAGUCAAGGUUACUAAGGAGAUAGAACCACUAUCUCUGUUUGACCUUUUGUUAAUUCAUGUCUAGACCCGUCCAGGUUGUCCAACAUACUCUGAGGCAAUAGCAACUCUGGCCAUGAAGAUUGGCUGGAGAGGGUCAGAGUUGGGGAAUCUUUCACUACCUGGUUCUUACAGAGUUUAAUGGAGGUAUAAACUAAUGUCUUAACUGAAGUUAAGGGAUGCAAUGUCCUGGUAGUUGCUGUAUGGCUGCUUGAGAAUAGUUAAGAUAGAGUAUCUCUUGGAAGGGUUUCUGUCUCUGUGUUGUGGUGCAGAUUUACUGUUCAAGGCACAGUACAGUCAACAAUGUCAUUUUUCCUGUGUUUUAUAUAUAUUUCCCCACUAUGCGGUUGGAAUAAUACUGUGAAAUUGUGAGAAUGAUGAUCGUGCCCUUUUCGUGUAAGAGCUGUUUGAAAAGGACACCUGAAAUUUCUGCUUGUUUUGGUGGGAUGGAGUUUUGGCCUGCCUGGUG